AUAAAGAUAAAUGUUUAGACUUAUUCCUAAAACUUGCGAAUUAUUCAAGUAUAAACUCCUGAAAAUAUGAUGUCAAAAAGAAAAAAAUGUACUGAAAAUAUAUUUGUCACUGCAUUCAGAGUAUGGAAGUGACUCCCAAACAAAAGUAUUUUAUGAUUUCAGGACUUAGAAUUAGCAAGUCGACUUGCAAAAACAAUCAUGUACUGAUUACUUCAGUCCGUAGACUUGACAUAAAACAAUAUGAAUGUUUAUUGUAAGCUCGUGCACUCACGUUGCUUCAGGCACCAAAAGAAUCCUACCAAACAACUCUUAAAUACAACACUGAGAUCGUGUGUCCCACCUUCUCAUACAUGUUCUAUAUAUUUUGCUUCUUUUCUCCAACUUUUUCUUGUAUAAUCCCAAACGAAAACAUAUGGCCUCACCAGCCCCAUUCCGUUGCCUUUCAUGUCUUUUACUUUACCUUGCUUUAACCUCUCAAGCUCACGCAGCUGACUACAAGCCCUUGUCAAGUUAUCUACCCAAAAACUCUAAGAAGCUCUUCAACACAGUAGACUCCUGCUGGCGCACCAACCCCAAUUGGGCAACCAACCGCCACUCCUUGGCUGAUUGCGCUGUGGGUUUUGGCAAAGCCGCCAUUGGAGGGAAAUUCGGGGCUAUAUACGUCGUGACCACUCCAUUUGAUGAUCCAGCCAACCCCAAGCCAGGCACACUUAGAUAUGGUGUCAUCCAAACAAAGCCUUUAUGGAUCAUUUUUGCCAAGGACAUGGUUAUUACCCUUAAAAAUGAGCUUAUAGUGAACAGUUUUAAGACUAUAGAUGGACGAGGGGCUAAAGUAGAGAUAUCGAAUGGACCCUGCAUAACAAUUCAAGGUGUUAGCCAUGUCAUUAUACAUGGAAUAAGUAUUCACGACUGCAAGCCAGGGAAAUCAGGCAUGGUUAGGAGCAGUCCUACACAUGUUGGACAACGUAGCGGCUCUGAUGGGGAUGCCAUUGUUAUAUUUGCUUCUUCCAAUGUUUGGAUUGACCAUUGCUACAUUGCUCACGGUACUGAUGGUCUAAUCGAUGUGAUCCAUGCUUCAACUGGAGUUACCAUCUCUAACAAUUACUUUGCUGACCAUGAUAAGGUAAUGCUGCUCGGGCACAAUGACGGGUAUUCUGCAGAUAAGAUUAUGAAAGUAACAAUAGCCUUCAACCACUUCGGCAGUGGACUUAUUGAGAGGAUGCCAAGGGUCAGAUUUGGCUAUGCCCACGUUGCCAACAACAGAUAUGAUGAAUGGAAAAUGUAUGCAAUUGGUGGUAGUGCUGACCCAACCAUCUUUAGUGAAGGGAACUACUUUAUAGCUCCUGAUGUUUAUUCUUCAAAGCAGGUUACAAAGAGAGAAGCGAAAAGUGGUUGGAAGAAUUGGAAAUGGAGGUCUUCUAAAGAUGUAUUUAUGAAUGGUGCUUAUUUUCUGCAAUCCGGAUACGGAAGUAUAAUUCCGCCUUAUUCAAGAACUCAAUCAUUUCCUGUUGCUCCUGGAUUAUUGGUUCCUGCUUUAACAUCUGACGCAGGUCCAUUACGUUGCGUAACUGGUAAAUCAUGUGGAUAUCAGUAAACAUUUUGCCAAGCCUCUUGUAAUUUUUCUUAUUUCCUUUUUCC